UAUAUGACAAAUUUAUUUUCUACUUGGAAGAAUAAAAACACAUAAUAGACGUGUAUAGUUGUGAAGUGUGUAGCGAAGAAACAAAAAUGAAGCUGAAAGUGUAUGCUGACCGCAUGUCCCAGCCAUCCCGCGCGAUUCUCAUCUUUUGCAAAGUCAAUGGGAUAGAAUUCGAGGAGAUCCAUAUCGAACUUUCCAAACGCCAGCAUCUAUCUCCAGAAUUUCAAGAGAUUAACCCUCUCAAGAAAGUUCCUGUUAUUGUUGAUGGAAGGUACAAGCUAUUCGAGAGUCAUGCAAUUCUUAUCUAUAUUGCUUCUGCAUUUCCUGGAGUUGCAAACCAUUGGUACCCAGCUGAUGCUUCAAGGAAAGCUAAAAUUCAUUCAGUGUUAGAUUGGCAUCACCUGAAUUUGCGCCGCGGAGCAGCCGGAUAUGUUCUAAAUACUGUAUUAGCUCCAUUAUUGGGUCUACCACUAAAUGCACAAGCAGCUGUUGAAGCUGAGAAAGUUUUGGUAUCAUCUCUGUCCACAAUAGAGAACAUUUGGCUUAAGAGUGACGGACCGUUCUUGCUUGGCAGCUUCCGACCUUCCAUAGCAGAUCUCAGUCUUGUCUGUGAAAUUAUGCAAUUACAGCUUUUAGACCAGAAAGAGCAUGAUCGUAUUAUUGGCCCAUACAAGAAAGUUCAACAAUGGAUUGAGAGCACAAAAAAUGCAACGAAACCACAUUUUGAUGAAGUUCAUAAUGUCCUCUAUAAACUCAAAGCGAGGCUUUCCGUGCGGCAAUCUAGUAAAGCAGAUGGCCAAAUUAAAUCUGGGAAUAAAGCUCCCAUAAUUUCAAAGAUGUGACAUAUCAACCAUGUGUUUAACAUACUUGACAGCUUUAUGUGACCAAUUAGCCAUGUCUAACAUUUUAUACAUUGAUGGUUGCAAUUGUGGCUUGACUCUGCAUGAGACUCAUUACUGAGAUUGCUAAGUUUAGCAGAUAAUAAAUUUCAAUCGAUUCAAA